GGAAAAAAGGCGGAGCCUAUCUCUCAUCAGGACCAGUCUGACUGCACCUGCAUCCUUAGCUCAGAGCAUCCCUGGAGCAUCGUAAGAGGAGGGCGCAGCUGGCAACCAGGGAUCGGACCGUCGCAGGGGACGUCCGCCAGAUACCUUCCCCCUCCCGUGACCGACAGCUCCACAGCGGCGACCUCGGUACUGACCAGGGGUUCCCAGAGUGGUCUGACCAUUACGAGAGCAUUUAUAGCCACAGCCUCUGAUUACGACGACAUGGCUGAGAUCACCAAUAUCCGACCUAGCUUUGAUGUGUCACCAGUGGUGGCUGGCCUCAUCGGGGCCUCUGUACUGGUGGUGUGUGUUUCAGUGACUGUCUUUGUCUGGACAUGCUGCCAUCAGCAGGCAGAGAAGAAGCACAAGACUCCACCAUACAAGUUUAUUCACAUGCUCAAAGGCAUCAGCAUAUACCCAGAGACCCUCAGCAACAAGAAGAAAAUCAUCAAAGUGCGGAGAGACAAAGAUGGCCCUGGGAGGGAAGGUGGACGCGGGAACCUGUUGGUGGAUGCAGCAGAGGCUGGCCUGCUGAGCCGAGACAAGGAUCCCAGGGGGCCCACCUCUGGAUCUUGUAUAGACCAAUUGCCCAUCAAAAUGGACUAUGGGGAAGAACUGAGGAGCCCCAUUACAAGCCUGACCCCUGGGGAGAGCAAAACCACCUCUCCAUCAUCUCCAGAGGAGGAUGUCAUGCUAGGAUCCCUCACCUUCUCAGUGGACUAUAACUUCCCGAAAAAAGCCCUGGUGGUGACAAUCCAGGAGGCCCAUGGGCUGCCAGUGAUGGAUGACCAGACCCAGGGCUCUGACCCCUACAUCAAAAUGACCAUCCUUCCUGACAAGCGGCAUCGGGUGAAGACCAGAGUGCUGCGGAAGACCCUGGACCCCGUGUUUGAUGAGACCUUCACCUUCUACGGAAUUCCUUACAGCCAGUUGCAGGACCUGGUGCUACAUUUCCUCGUCCUCAGCUUUGAUCGCUUCUCUCGGGAUGACGUCAUUGGGGAGGUGAUGGUGCCAUUGGCUGGGGUGGAUCCCAGCACAGGCAAGGUACAACUGACCAGGGACAUCAUCAAGAGGAACAUCCAGAAGUGCAUUAGUAGAGGGGAGCUCCAGGUGUCUCUGUCAUAUCAGCCGGUGGCACAGAGAAUGACAGUGGUGGUCCUCAAAGCCAGACACUUGCCGAAGAUGGAUAUCACCGGUCUCUCAGGUAGGGCCCCAGAUCCUUACGUCAAGGUGAACGUCUACUACGGCAGAAAGCGCAUUGCCAAGAAGAAAACCCAUGUAAAGAAGUGCACUUUGAACCCCAUCUUCAAUGAGUCUUUCAUCUAUGACAUCCCAACCGACCUCCUGCCUGACAUCAGCAUCGAGUUCCUCGUCAUCGACUUCGAUCGCACCACCAAGAACGAGGUGGUGGGGAGGCUGAUCCUGGGGGCACACAGUGUCACAAGCAGCGGUGCCGAGCACUGGAGAGAGGUUUGCGAGAGUCCCCGCAAGCCUGUAGCCAAGUGGCACAGUCUGAGCGAGUACUAAUCCUGUUCUUCUCGCCUCUAACCCUGGGGCCAGGCUGGGGAGGGACGUGGUGGGGAGAGAUGUCAGAGAAGCGGACUCAAAACCUCAUUAUAGUUGUAGAAGAAAAUUUCUUACAAAAACAAACCCGACAAGGAACAUCCCACAUCACCACAGCCGCAGAUCAGUUCUUAAGCAAAGACGAUUUUUUUUUUUUUCUCCUUUGCAAGGCACUAGAAAUUCUUUUGUUUUUUUAAAUGGGGCGGGGAAAGAGAGGGAAAGACCCCUACAAGUCUAUAUAUAACACUGUAACCUUAUACUUGCAUGUCUAAUACAAACUGAAGAAAUUAGCCUAAUUGCCAAUAUCAAGUUGCAGAUUUUAAUCCAUGAAAAUUGUGUUUUGUGCCGAAUCGUAUUUGCUGAUUACCUGAAAUUGGCCUCUUUUUACUGGGCUUCUCUGGAGAGUUAGUCCUUCUCCCCACCUUGGCAGAAAACAAAUUUUUGCUCUUGUAAA